ACGUGGGUCUGUUACUUUUUAAUAAAGCAUGAACAUGACAGAGUUACAAGUGUGUGUGUGAGAGAGAGAGAAAGAGAAUGAAAUAAAAAAAUUAAAGUGGAGAAUAAAAAAUGACUAAUAAGCUGACACAGCUAACACAAAACCCAUUUGAUAUAACAAUUAACCGCCAGAUCCUCCACCUCCUGCCGCCCUCUCUCCGCCGGCGCCGGCGCCGCCUCAAAAUUCCUCCCCUAGUGGUCCACAUACUCCUAUUGCUACUGUACUUGUCCAUAAUUAAAAUUCGCAAAACUAAUUUGUCGUUAUUAGGGGAAAUUCUUGUCUGCUCAGAAGUUUGUUGAACUGAAAAUUAUGGCUUCUUUCCUUUAUUUGUUGAGACGAGAUUGAACACAGACGCAACAGAAACACAACAUAAACCAUACCUCUUCGUUCGGUCCCAUCUCACUAUUCUCUGAACAUUCAUAUGUAGCCACGCACGCCUCUUACCCCACCCCCUUUAACCCACCCUACCCCAACCCAACUCUUUUUUUUUUCCUUCUAAACUUGUCUAAGCUACUAGUAAAACAUUGUCUUUGUGUAAACUGACUAUUUUUUUUUACUGAAGAUUAACCAUAAAAAGGCAGGCAGGAAAAAGUGGAAAAGAGUGAGAUGGAGGAUCAAUUAGGUGGAAGAUCAUCGGGAGAGAAUGAUCGGAAUCAGCAGCAAAGAAGAAUGAAGAUGCCGGAAAACAACUCAGCUUCGCCAGCACAACCACCACCGCAGAAAUGCCCUCGUUGUGAUUCAAACAAUACCAAGUUUUGCUACUACAAUAAUUACAGUUUGACUCAGCCUCGCUAUUUCUGCAAGACGUGUAGGAGGUACUGGACUCAAGGUGGAACCCUAAGGAACGUCCCCGUCGGCGGUGGUUGCCGUAAAGGUAAACGCACAAUGAAGGGCGGCGGUUCAUCUUCAUCAGCUGGUGAAAGUUCAUCAUCUAGAUCUCAUCAUCAAGUACUAUAUCCGCCGCAGAUACCGAAUUUAUCAGCUGCUGCAGCUGCUUUUUUCUCAGGUAACAAUUCGAGAUCUCAACCGCCACCACUUCCGUCAAUGAGUUCUCUGUAUACCGGUGCUGCUGGUGGUGGGGGAUUUUUAUCUUCUUUAGCUGCCAUGCAAUCAAUGAGUCAAUUAUCCCAAGGUAUCAAUAAUCAAUCUCAGCUAGGAGUAAUUUCAGGCACCAAUAAUAAUAACAACCAAUUUGGUAAUUUCAAUAUUCCAACUCCUCCUCCUAAGGUUCAAAUUGAUCAACAAAUGGAGAGUACUGGAUUUUACCAAAAGCCCAAUUUGGAAUCAUCAUUUUUCCCAUCUGAUCAAACGUUGCAGUUUCAACCUGCAAGGCCUUUGGGUUCAUGGACACAAAGGUUCAUCAACAACAACAAUAAUAAUAUUUGGCCAAAUAACUCAGCCAGUAACACUAGCAGCGGAGCUGCUAGUAGCUCCGCUGCUAAUGCAUCUCUUGGUCCGAAUGAUCAUCAGUGGCCUGAUCUUCCAGGGUUCGGCCCAUCUCCAUGAGAUUUAAGGUUUCUUCAAUGAGAGAAACUUUUCAAUGGUAAUUAAUCUCUGCGUUUUUUUAGUAAAACGCAGAAAAUAUAAUACAAAGAGACAUGAAGGGGAAAAAGGGAGUUAACCUUAGCCUAGCUAGCUAAAAUUAUUGUAUGAUGUAUUUACCUUCUUAUAGAGAAAUUCUGGAUUGGGUUAGGUUUGUAUUUUUCAAACUUUUAAUCUAAAAAGUUAAAUGUGUUUGUAUGUUAUUAGAGCCUUA